CUGAGAUCUACAUGUCUCUCAAUUAGACAUGAAAAUACAAGGAAAGAACAACAGCAACAACAUAGAAGCUCCAAGUGUUGAUGAACCAGGUCCGGCUAAAGCUGGUCAAAUUCAUGAUGAACAUGUCCUCACUUCUGCUCACACCAUUGGCCAUGAUUCAUGGCAACAAGUAGGUUUGCUGCUAGUGACAGGCUUCAACUGUGGAUACAUAUUGAGCUUUUCGACUCUCAUGUUGGCGCCUCUGGGUUGGACAUGGGGUAUCAUAUGCUUGUUUGUUGUUGGGUUCUUGGCUGCCUAUGCUAACUGGCUCCUGGCUGGAUUUCACUUCAUCAAUGGCCAAAGAUUCAUCAGAUACAGAGACCUCAUGGGCUUUCUUUAUGGAAGAGAAAUGUUUUAUAUCACAUGGGUUUUCCAAUUCUUGACCCUUCUUCUUGGGAACAUGGGAUUCAUACUUCUUGGAGGGAAAGCACUAAAGGAAAUCAAUGCAGAGCUGAGUGACAAUCCCAUAAGACUCCAAUAUUUCAUCACCAUAACAGGAGUGACCUAUUUCAUGUUCUCAUUUCUGGUUCCGACGAUAUCGGCGAUGAGAAGGUGGUUGGGAGCCACCACUGUCCUCACCUUCUCUUACAUUGUCAUCCUUUUGGUUGCUUUAGUAAAAGAUGGUAGGUAUAUUGAUCUUUCAAGCCGGCCAUUUUGA